UGAAAAUGCAUUUCAAUGUGAUACAUGGCGGGACAACUGAAGAAACAACUGAAGGAAGCGGCGGGAAUCAUAGGUGCUGGUACUGCCCUGUUUUUCUCGUACCUCACUGCUGUCGGAGAUGAGCACUUCUAUGCCAACCGGCUCAUGCCCAUGCUCCAGAGGGUGGUGGGCGCCGAGACGGCCCACGUCAUGGCAGUGCGCUUCAUCAGCUGGGGUCUUGUGCCAAUCAACAGAUACAAGGACCCUACUUCCCUGGCAGUGAACGUCAUGGGCCAGACGUUCCGGAACCCAGUGGGAAUAGCGGCUGGCUUUGACAAGCACGGAGAGGCAGUGGAUGGCCUGUACAAGUUGGGCUUCGGCUUUGUGGAGGUAGGCACAGUCACCCCAAAGCCCCAGCCAGGAAACCCACAACCACGCGUGUUCCGUCUGCCCAGUGAUGAAGCCAUCAUUAACAGUGAGCAGUUCCAGGCAACCAGGUAUGGAUUUAACAGUUGUGGUGUCUCUGAAGUACUGGAAAGAUUAAAGGAAAGGGAGACAAAACAGAUCGAACUUACAAAAGUGGGCCUUCCCCUGGGCGUGAACCUGGGCAAGAACAAGCUGACGGAGGACUCUGUGGCCGACUUCCUGGAGGGCAUCCAGACACUGGGGCCGCUGGCCGACUACCUGGUGGUGAAUGUCAGCAGCCCCAACACGCCCGGCCUCAGGAACCUGCAGGCCAAAGAGGAGCUACGCCACCUGCUGGCCAAGGUGCUGGGUGAGCGUGACCGGCUGCAGGUGGGCAGGAAAGUACCCGUGCUGGUCAAAAUAGCCCCCGACCUCACGGCCCAGGACAAGCAGGACAUUGCUGAGGUGGUUGUAGAGCUUGGAGUAGACGGAAUCAUUGUCUCCAACACGACGGUCUCCAGGCCCGCCUCACUGAAGGACUCUGCGAGUGUCGAGACGGGUGGUCUGAGUGGUCAGCCACUCAAAACCAUGGCCACGGAGGUGGUGCGAGACAUGUACCGCAUGACCGCAGGGAAGGUACCCAUCGUGGGCGUGGGAGGCGUGGCCAGUGGGCAGGAUGCGCUGGAUAAGAUCCGCGCGGGCGCCUCUCUGGUGCAGCUCUACACGGCUCUGGUCUACCAGGGCCCGCCUGUCGUCACCAAGAUCAAACGGGAGCUGGAGAAGCUACUACUGGAGCAAGGCUUUGCCAGCGUGUCUGAAGCCGUAGGGGCUGAUCACAGAUCAGUGAAUUCAGCAGCAGCAACGGCAGCAACUGCAGCUCCAUCAGAAGCAACGACGCCAGAAGCACAGAAUCCAGACAAAGAGGACACAGAGAAAGCCACAGGUGCCUCUGCAGUUGUCAUUUAGAAGGGGAAAUACAUUUCAUACAUGGCGCUGCUUAAUCAAAAAUCCUGUUCUUACUUGAAUUCAGUGUCGAGGCAAAUUUGUCUCACUUUGUCCACACUAAAUGGCAUACCUAUAUGGUACAGUGUAUAACUCUCAAGAGGGAUCCUGUUGAAAUGGUUAAUAAUUGUGCAUAUUGUAAAAAAAAACAUAUAUAUUGUUGGUUAAUCACUAUUUAACGAUAACUGAAAUGUUGUUCAGAGCAACUGUGUCUGUGUCAUCACUGUGUUCUCUUAGCUAAGAUCAAAACAAUAUUUGAUAUGAUAAUGUGGUUUGCCAGUAGUACAAUGUAUCAACACACAUUGUUCUGUCUGAAAGACAACAGCAGGGCAGAAGAAUUGA